GGCGAAAUCGGUUCUCUCCAGCAGCAGAUUUACGUAAAGCAUUGCCAAAAGCAAAACAAAAAUGUCGCGCGCACUGCAACGUUUAAUCGGUGGCUGCAGACGCUGGACGCAAUCAAACUGCCAAAGUCAAGUGCAGGUGCAGCCAUUUGCACGUGCUGCAUUGCAACAGCAACAACGUAACUUAUCGGCAAAAGCAGCAGAUCCCACAAAAGGCAAGGGACCGAUAACAUGGAAGAGCCUGGCAGUGAUUGGUGUAUUGGGCGUUGGCGGCCUAGGAUUUAUGCUGUAUGUGAAGAGCGAGAAGGAUGAGGCGCUGCUCAAGGAGCGCAAGCGGCAGCUGGGCAAGGCAGCCAUAGGAGGUAGCUGGGAAUUGGUUGAUUCGGAAGGUAAAGUUCGCAAGUCCUCCGACUUUCUGGGCAAGUGGCUGCUCAUCUAUUUCGGCUUUACUCACUGCCCCGAUAUCUGUCCCGACGAGCUGGAGAAAAUGGCUUUAGUAGUCGAUGAAAUUGAAAAAUCCCCACAGACACCAGAAGUACAGCCCAUAUUUAUAACCGUUGAUCCGGAGCGGGACUCAAAAGAGAUUGUGGGCAAAUAUGUAAAGGAGUUCUCGCCCAAGCUGCUUGGACUCACUGGCACCGUAGACCAGAUACGGAAUGUGUGCAAAGCGUUCCGUGUAUAUUUUAGCGCUGGACCGCGCGAUGAGGACAACGAUUAUAUUGUUGAUCACACCAUUAUCAUGUACCUGGUCAAUCCUGAUGGUGAAUUUGUCGAUUAUUACGGCCAGAAUCGAGACAAGGAUCAGUGUGUGUCAUCAAUUUUGGUUAAUGUAGCAAAGUGGAAUUCAUUGAACAAGAAAGGCUGGUUCAGUUAGAUGUAUGGCGUUGCCACACUGCUGUUAUUUCAUAUUAAAAUUUUGUUUUGUAUCAAGUUGGCAGCGCUAAGCAUAACAGCCCCGUUCAACUUGUAUGCUCGCUCUUUUUGACGUUCGUGCUGCGUGGAUGUUGCAGAAAUUGUUUUGUUUUCUCGCAAUAAAUAUAUAAUCAAUUACGAAA